ACUCCUAUUGCCACAUUUUUUUUAUUAAGCUUGUGCCUUGUACUUGUCAUUGCUGGCGGGUUGGAUUAUUGGUGCAACGGUAGACGAAUUUUAAAUCAUGGUUUUAAAACUAUACAAAUCAGACGCGAGCCCGCCAGUCCGUGCUGUCUUGAUGACCAUUGAAGCUGCCAACAUUCCUAAUGUAGAAAUGAUCGAUGUUAAUGUACUAGAAGGAGAUCAUCUAAAAGAAGAGUACUUAAAGAUGAAUCCGCAACACACUAUACCGACUUUACAGGACGAUGAUUUUUACAUUUGGGACAGCCAUGCAAUAGCUGUAUAUUUACUAACAAAAUACAGUAAUAACACAACACUUUAUCCUUCGGACCCGAAACAGCGUGCGAUUAUAAACCAGAGACUACACUUUGAUAGUGGAAUUCUCUUCCCGAACCUACGAGCAGUUAUCGAACCAUUAUUUUACAAAGGUGAAAAAUCAUUUAAACAAGAGUCAUUAGAUAAAAUCAAAUCUGGUUACGAAUUCUCUGAAAAAUUCCUGACAAAACGUUGGAUCGCAGGAGAUGAAUUUACGUUAGCCGACAUUUUCUUCUUGGCCUCUAUUAGAUCAUCGAUCGAGGUACAACCUAUCGACUCCGAAGAGUUUCCUAAACUCACUGAUUGGUUGAAUCGCUGCAAAGAGCUGGAUUGUCACAAGAAAGUAAAUGAGCCAGGAUCAAUUAUUUUUAGGAAUAGCAUUCGGAGGUUGCUUGGUUAA